CUGUUGGGUUCCCCGAUUUCUCCUGGCUAUCUCUCUCUCUCAUCCUCCGGCUCCUCCCUCCUCUUCUUCUUCAACUACAACUAGAACUAUUCUUCGUGUUUGCCGGUGUGUAAGAGGGAAUUCUCGCUCCCCAUUGGGCGGUGACUGACCACCUCUUUUCUUGGCCUCUGCUAUCAAUCAAUCAUGUCUCAAACCAUUAAUUCACUGCCAUUUUAAAAUUUUCCGGCAAUUGAAAAGCUACGAUCGCUGCUUUUGAGCUUCGACCCUUCUUCGAUUGCACUAUAUUUGGAGUCCUACUGAUGAAUCAGGGCAUGUGGUUUUUGUUUUGUACAUUAUGCUCAAGUUCAACAACCCACAACAUCUGUCUAUAGAGAUGCAUUACUGUAAGAUAAAGGUGAAUAUGCAGGCUCAUAUGUAAGUAUAGAUCUCAGGGCUGUCACUUAAUCAAACUGGGACUCAGUAGGCUGGACUACCUCAGCGAAAUGGAAGCUCUCUGAAGCUCUCUUUCUAACCAGAUACAAACUUUAGGGGUUCAUCAUAAUGCAUUGAACAUGGAGCCUGAGUUAGGGAAAGCCCGCAGGUUUAUGCAGGAGAAGAUAUGUGAGUUUCUUAUGCAGCGACAGCAGCAAACCCAUGAUAUACAACCAAAGCGGUUCCUAGAUAUUGUAAGACGCCUAGACGAGGGUCUAUUAAAACAUGCUACCACAAAGGAGGAGUAUAUGAACUUGGAGACUCUUGAGAAUCGUUUACAUGUGUUGAUUAAGCGUUUAGCAAUGAUUAAUCACAACCAACAAUAUCCACAUCUUGUUAGUUCUUCAUCUCCUAUUGGUACAAUGAUACCAACGCCAGGCAUGCACCAUAGUGGGAAUUCAAGCGUGACGGUUACGUCAUCUGUGGAUACUUCUAGCAUUGUUGCUAGUGGUAAUAGGAUGCCACCUGUAGCUGCCAAUACUGGAAGCUUGCUACCAACUAGUAAUGUGCCUUCUGUUGGGAUGCACAGUGGUUUUUUCAAUUCAUCUGAUGGGCCUAUGUCAAAUGGAUACCAUCCAUCAUCUGCCAAUUUUUCCAUAAGUUCCAUUGGGAACAAUAUGGCGUCUUCAACUUCUUUACAGGAAAUGACAAGCCAAAUGAUUCCUACGCCGGGAUUUAAUAGAAACAAUAAUCAGAAUUUGGAAUCUUCUGAUAACCAGUCCUCAAAUGCUUUGUCAACUCUCGAGUCCACAAUGGUGUCACAGCCCUUGCCACAAAAGCAGCAUCUUGAUGGUUCAAACAGCAAGAUACUGCACAACCUUGGAAGCCAUAUAGGUGGUGGAAUAAGGUCUGGUUUGCAACAGAAAUCUUUUGGAUUUUCAAAUGGGGCUUUGAAUGGUGGUUUGGGUAUGGUGCGCAAUUUGCAGUUGAUCAAUGGUCAUGGAGCUUCUGAGGGUUACCUGACAGCUUCAGUGUAUGGCAAUUCACCCAAAUCUCUACAACAUCAUCAUGACCAACAUCAGUGGUCAACUGUGCAGGGUGAUGGAUAUGGGAUGAACACCAUUGAUUCAUCUGGUUCUGGGAGUGUCUAUGGUCCUGUAUCGUCCUCUGGUUCAGCAAUGCACAAUCGGAAUAUUAAUACAUCAAAUUUGCAGUCUAUUUCAAGAACUAACUCUCUGAUAAAUAAUCAGUCAAAUUUGCACAUUAGCCAACAGGCCGCACAUAUAAAGUCUCAAUCAAUUGAUAAAUCUGAAAAGAUGAAUUCCCAUCCUUCAAACACUUUGAAGGAGAAUCUCUUACAGUCUCAUAAUCAUCUACAAUUUCAGCAACAACCUCAUCAAGUACUGCAAGAGAAAUUUGUUCAAAAUCAACGCCAUCAGAAGCAGCAAUUCCAGCAGCAGCACAUAUUGUUAACAAAUGAUUCUUUUGGUCAUUCUCAACUGACUUCUGAAAGCACUCAUCUAAAGCCUGAGAAUGGAAUGGAAAUCUGCAAUGAGGCCAUGCAAUCAGAAGUUCAAGGACAACUCCAGGCCGAGUUGCAGAACCAGUUCCAGCAAAGUUCUGCUGAUGAUCAUUCUGGAAGCACUCCAUUGCUUUCCUUUGAAUCCCUUCCAUCUGUAUCAGAAAAUAUAUGCUCAUCACUGACUCAAACUUCGCAACAGAUGCAAGAAUUAUUGCAUUCUCAGCCACUAGUUGUUGACUCAAAAAAUGAUUUUGGCAGCCUGUCUGGUGGACUACAAUCAAAGGAACUGCCGCCUGGUCAGUUUCAUCAUAAGUUACAAGACAACUCUCAAAUACCAGGUAACUUGUUACAUGAGCAGAAUAUUCAAGAGGACUUCCAUCAGAGAAUGAGUGGACAAGAUGAAGCUCAGCGCAAUAAUUUAUCAUCUGAUGGAUCUAUUUGUCAAAUUGUUGGCACAAAAACUGUACAGGCUGCAAACUGGUCUGGUGCUGCUUGUAAGUCUAGUAAUCCAAACCGUGAACGGCAGUUCAAGAAUCAACAAAGGUGGCUAUUGUUUCUGCGGCAUGCUCGGCGAUGUAUGGCCCCAGAAGGGAAAUGCCAGGAAGCUAACUGUAUAACUGCUCAGAAACUUUGGAAGCAUAUGGACCACUGUAAUAUAUCUCAGUGUCCAUAUCCUCGUUGCCACCAUACUAGGAUAUUACUUAAUCAUCACAAGCAUUGCAGGGAUCUGGGUUGCCCUGUUUGUGUUCCUGUCAAGAAUUAUAUAGAGACACAGUUGAGGGCACGCGCUCGUACUGAUUCUACUUCUAGCUUUCAAUGUUCUGUAAAUGGAUUGUGCAAGUCAUAUGAUAGUGGAGAUGCUGCAGUUAGAUUAAAUUCAAAGACAAGUUCACUAGCUGUUGAAAAUUCAGAAGAUUUAUGGCCUUCUCUGAAACGCAUAAAGGCUGAGCAGCCCUGCCAACAUCUUAUUCCUCAGAGUGAAACAUCUGCCUUUUCAAUUCCUAUCAGUGGUGAAUCUCACAAACUCCCUGUUGCACAUUGUCAAGAAUACCAACAUGGUGACACUUCUGUAUCAAUGAAAUCUGAAGCUAUAGAGGUAAAGAUGGAAAUCCUCUCGAGUUCUGGUCAAGAACAUCCUGAUGUAGUCGAAUUGAAGGAGGAUGAUAAGGAUGAGACCGACAGCCAAAAACCUGUUAGUGAACCCAUUGUAUCAGAUGAUCCUUCUGGCUUUGCUCAGGGUCAGUACAUUAAAAGUGAGAGAGACCAAUCUAAACAGGAAAAUCUGACACUUACAGCUGAAACUGCAACUGUAGCCAAAUCUGGGAAGCCAAAAAUAAAAGGAGUAUCAUUGACUGAAUUGUUUACCCCUGAGCAAGUCAGGGAACAUAUUAAAGGUCUCAAGCAGUGGAUUGGCCAGAGUAAAGCAAAGGCAGAAAAGAAUCAAGCAAUGGAGCAUUCAAUGAGUGAGAACUCAUGCCAGUUGUGUGCAGUUGAGAAGCUCAGUUUUGAGCCACCACCUAUAUAUUGUACACCAUGUGGUGCUCGCAUCAAAAGAAAUGCAAUGUACUAUACAGUAGGAGCUGGUGAUACCCGGCAUUACUUCUGCAUUCCAUGCUACAAUGAAGCCCGUGGAGACACUGUCCUGGUUGAUGGAACUGCUAUUCCGAAGGCAAAGCUGGACAAGAAGAAAAAUGAUGAGGAGACUGAGGAAUGGUGGGUUCAAUGUGACAAGUGUGAGGCAUGGCAACAUCAAAUCUGUGCAUUGUUCAAUGGUCGAAGGAAUGAUGGUGGGCAAGCUGAAUAUACUUGUCCGAACUGCUAUAUUGCUGAAAUUGAAAGAGGAGAACGUAAACCCUUACCUCAGAGUGCUGUUCUUGGAGCAAAAGAUUUGCCUAGAACUAUCCUAAGUGACCAGAUAGAGCAACGACUGUUCAGGCGGUUGAAACAGGAAAGACUAGAGAGGGCAAGGAUUCAAGGGAAGAGUUACGACGAGGUUCCAGGUGCAGAAGCACUUGUAGUUAGAGUUGUAUCAUCAGUUGAUAAAAAGUUGGAAGUUAAGCAACGAUUUCUUGAGAUUUUUCAAGAAAAGAAUUAUCCAACUGAAUUCCCUUAUAAAUCCAAGGUGAUAUUGUUAUUUCAGAAAAUUGAAGGUGUAGAAGUAUGCCUGUUUGGCAUGUAUGUUCAAGAAUUUGGAUCAGAGUGUCAGCAGCCAAAUCAUAGACGUGUUUAUCUCUCAUAUCUGGAUUCUGUUAAGUAUUUCAGGCCCGAGAUUAAAACAGUGACUGGAGAGGCACUCCGUACAUUUGUUUACCAUGAAAUUCUGAUAGGAUACCUGGAAUAUUGCAAGAAGCGUGGUUUCACAAGUUGCUAUAUCUGGGCUUGCCCUCCACUGAAGGGUGAAGAUUAUAUAUUAUAUUGCCAUCCAGAAAUUCAGAAAACACCAAAAUCUGAUAAACUUAGAGAAUGGUACUUAUCCAUGUUAAGAAAGGCUGCAAAGGAGAACAUUGUGGUAGAUCUCACUAAUUUACAUGACCAUUUCUUUGUAUCAACUGGGGAAUGUAAGGCUAAGGUAACUGCAGCUCGGUUACCUUAUUUUGAUGGGGAUUACUGGCCUGGUGCUGCAGAAGAUAUGAUAUACCAGCUUCGUCAAGAAGAAGAUGGCAGAAAACAACAUAAGAAAGGGACAAACAAGAAGACAAUAACAAAAAGGGCUCUAAAAGCAUCUGGUCAAUCUGAUUUUUCUGGAAACCCACCGAAAGAUUUGCUGCUGAUGCACAAACUUGGUGAAACAAUUUGCCCAAUGAAGGAAGACUUCAUAAUGGUUCACUUGCAGCAUGCAUGCACACAUUGCUGUAUUUUAAUGGUAUCUGGAAAUCGUUGGGUUUGCAACCAGUGCAAGAAUUUUCAGCUUUGCCACAAGUGUUACGAAGCUGAACAAAAACGUGAAGAGAGAGAAAGACACCCUAUCAAUCAGAGGGAAAAGCAUAUGCUUUAUCCAGUUGAAAUCAAUGAUGUACCUGAAGAUACCAAGGAUAAAGAUGAGAUUCUUGAGAGCGAAUUCUUUGAUACAAGGCAGGCAUUUCUAAGUCUUUGUCAGGGAAAUCAUUACCAGUAUGAUACCCUCCGACGAGCAAAACAUUCCUCUAUGAUGGUCCUUUACCAUCUUCACAAUCCCACUGCUCCUGCAUUUGUGACGACAUGCAUUGUGUGUCAUCUUGACAUUGAAGCUGGUCAAGGUUGGCGCUGUGAGAUUUGCCCUGAUUAUGAUGUAUGCAAUGCUUGUUAUCAAAAGGAUGGAGGAAUUGAUCAUCCUCAUAAGUUGACCAAUCAUCCAUCCAUGGCCGACCGAGACGCACAGAACAAAGAAGCUAGGCAACUACGAGUUUUACAGCUUAGGAAAAUGCUUGACCUUCUGGUGCAUGCAUCUCAGUGUCGUUCUCCACAUUGUCAAUAUCCAAAUUGCCGCAAAGUAAAGGGUCUUUUCCGCCAUGGUAUACAAUGCAAGACACGUGCUUCUGGAGGUUGUAUUCUCUGUAAGAAGAUGUGGUAUCUUCUUCAACUUCAUGCCCGAGCUUGCAAGGAAUCUGAGUGCCAUGUGCCACGAUGCAGAGAUUUGAAAGAACAUUUGAGGAGGUUACAACAGCAAUCUGAUUCCCGUCGAAGGGCAGCUGUGAUGGAAAUGAUGAGGCAACGAGCUGCUGAGGUUGCUGGCAAUGCUGGAUGACCAUACUGUCCAUAUAAUUAUAAAUAUUUUGCAGAACGAGCUUCUAGAGGGAGAUAGUUUAUAUAUUUUAACAACUCACUCUGUCAAAGGGAGUGGACUGAGAUGUGAGAUUAUUGGUAAUUUGAGAGAGAGUGAGAGAUUGCAGCAGAUUGGUCAAUUCGGCGGGCAGGUGGAUAAUUCUUUUAUUACAUCUUCCAUUGACCAAGCUCUCACCCCGGAGGAAGACUGGUGAAAUAUGUUGCUCAGAGUUGGUUCAUCUUCAUUCAACAGCUGCUAACUGUGCUUAGGAGUGGAAGGGCACUGAUGCAUCAUGCAUGCUUUCAUCUGUGGCCGAUUUGGUGAUUCUUUGUUUUCAGUACUCUUCUUCUUGUAUCCAUCCGUAUCGCAUCGCAUCCAGUGCCAUAAUUCCUGGCGAGUGUACUAUAUAUAGUUGUCCGACGACCUCGACCUUUUUUUUUUUUAUCAAUUAUAUUACCAAGGCAUAUGGGAGGGAAGAUAAGUUUUCAAGUCUUCUCUUUCUCCUAUAUUGUUCUUAUUCCCUCCUUCAGUACUGUUUUUUUCUUUUUGUAGAUUGUUUUCAGAAAAAUAAAGUAGUGAUUGUGAAAAAGCAGUCUCUGAUUGUGCAUGCGUGGCCCGGGCGUUGGUUAUUAACUUCGAAUAGUGGACUCUUGAAAUUUGACAAAAUGACAUAAUAGCUCUUCUUCGCA